AUGAGAACUUACCGGUACUUCUUGCUACUCUUUUGGGUUGGUCAGCCCUACCCAACUUUCUCAACUCCGUUAUCUAAGAGGACUAGUGGUUUCCCAGCAAAGAAAAGGGCCCUGGAGCUCUCUGGAAACAGCAGGCAUGAGCUGAACCGUUCGAAAAGGAGCUGGAUGUGGAAUCAGUUCUUUCUCCUGGAGGAAUAUACGGGAUCCGGUAAUCAGUAUGUGGGCAAGUUACAUUCAGACCAGGAUAAAGGAGAUGGAUCACUUAAAUAUAUCCUUUCAGGAGAUGGAGCAGGAGAUCUCUUCAUUAUCAAUGAAAACACAGGCGAUAUACAAGCCACCAGAAGGUUAGACAGGGAAGAAAAACCUACUUACAUCCUUCGAGCUCAAGCUGUAAACAAAAAGACAGGGAUUCCUGUAGAGCCUGAGUCUGAAUUUGUCAUCAAGAUCCAUGAUAUCAACGACAAUGAACCAAUAUUCACCAAGGAGGUCUACACAGCCACAGUUCCCGAAAUGUCUGAUGUGGGCACAGUUGUUGUCCAAGUCACUGCCACCGAUGCUGAUGACCCAACGUAUGGGAACAGUGCUAAAGUUGUCUACAGCAUCCUGCAGGGACAGCCCUAUUUCUCAGUUGAAUCGGAAACAGGUAUCAUCAAGACAGCUUUGUUCAACAUGGAUCGAGAAAACAAGGAGCAGUACCAAGUGGUGAUUCAAGCCAAGGACAUGGCCGGCCAGAUGGGGGGAUUAUCGGGGACCACCACGGUGAACAUCACACUGACAGAUGUCAAUGACAAUCCUCCCCGGUUCCCUCAGAGUACAUACCAGUUUACCACCCCUGAAUCUUCUCCACCGGGUACAUCAAUUGGCAGGAUCAAAGCCACCGACGCCGACGUGGGAGAAAAUGCUGCGAUUCAGUACAGCAUUACAGAGGGAGAGGGGCUGGACAUGUUUGAUGUCAUCACCGACCAGGAAACCCAGGAAGGGAUUAUAACUGUCAAAAAGCUGCUGGACUUUGAAAAGAAGAAAGUGUACACCCUCAAAGUGGAAGCCUCCAACCCUCACGUUGAACCCCGCUUUCUCUACCUGGGUCCAUUCAAAGACUCAGCCACGGUGAGAAUUGUGGUGGAAGAUGUAGAUGAGCCGCCCGUCUUCAGCAAACUAGCCUACAUCUUGCAAAUAAGAGAAGACGCUCAGAUAAACACGGCAAUAGGCUCGGUCAUAGCCCAGGACCCAGAUGCUGCCCGGAAUCCUGUCAAGUAUUCUGUCGAUCGACACACAGAUCUGGACAGAAUAUUCAACAUUCAUUCUGGAAAUGGUUCCGUUUUUACAUCGAAACUUCUUGACCGAGAAACAUUGCUGUGGCACAACAUUACAGUGAUAGCAACGGAGAUCAAUAAUCCAAAGCAGAGCAGCCGAGUACCUCUCUAUAUUAAAGUUCUAGAUGUCAAUGACAACGCCCCAGAAUUUGCUGAAUUCUAUGAAACCUUUGUCUGUGAAAAGGCAAAAGCAGAUCAGUUGAUUCAGACCCUCCGAGCUGUUGACAAGGAUGACCCUCAGAGCGGGCACCAAUUCUCCUUCUAUUUGGCCCCGGAAGCAGCCAGUGGCUCCAACUUUACCGUCCAUGACAACAAAGACAACACAGCGGGAAUCUUAACACGGAAAAAUGGCUACAAUAGACACGAGAUGAGCACCUAUCUCCUGCCUGUGGUCAUUUCAGACAACGACCACCCAGUGCAAAGCAGCACGGGGACAGUGACUGUCCGGGUCUGUGCAUGUGACCACCAUGGGAACAUGCAGUCCUGCCACGCGGAGGCCCUCGUCCACCCCACGGGCCUGAGCACAGGGGCUCUGGUGGCCAUCCUGCUGUGCAUCGUGAUCCUACUAGUGACCGUGGCGCUGUUCGCCGCCCUGCGGCGGCAGCGGAAGAAGGAGCCCCUGAUCAUUUCCAAAGAGGACAUCAGAGACAACGUGGUCAGCUACAACGACGAGGGUGGCGGCGAGGAGGACACCCAGGCCUUCGACAUCGGCACCCUGAGGAACCCCGAGGCCAUCGAGGACAGCAAACUGCGCAGGGACAUCGCGCCCGAGGCCCUUUUCCUGCCCCGGCGGACUCCGGCCGCUCGAGAUAACACCGACGUCCGCGAUUUCAUCAGCCAGAGGUUGAAGGAGAAUGACACGGACCCCGCGGCCCCGCCCUACGACUCCCUGGCCACCUACGCCUACGAGGGCACCGGCUCGGUGGCCGCCUCCCUGAGCUCGCUGGAGUCGGUGACCACGGAGGGAGACCAGGACUACGACUACCUGAGUGACUGGGGCCCCCGCUUCAAGAAGCUCGCGGACCUGUACGGAGGGGCCGACAGCGACAAGGACUCCUAACCUGUGGCCUUGCUCCGUGAAGGGUUCCCUGGUCCCGCCCG